AAAUAGACUGAUUCGCCAUGCCCAUCCCACGAUACUUUUCGGUCGCAAACUUCGCAUACCACGGCUACUCCAUUUCUUGCUCCACCUUUUUCCCUCUCUGUCUCCUCUCUCUUGGAAAGGUGACGAUGAGUUCUGGAGGUAAAGCGGCAGCGUGGGAUGUUUUGAAGGCGACAGGAUGGGCAUUGGCGCAUCUGCACCUGACAAGGCUCUGCAUCUUCUGGCAGGCCUCCACCUGGCUCGCUGGCUGGCUCAAUGGCAAAUCCUGGGCUUGGCAUUCAGCGCAUGUUGGAGAAAGGCUGCUUUCCCUUCCUUUGCGUGGUCGUCAUAUUCUCCUGUACGCACUGUAUUGUGCAGCAGCUGUAGGGAUCGUUGCUCUAGUGUCCGAUGUCCUUCAUCCAGAAGGCCAAAAGUUACAGUUCACUGCUCAGGCUUCAGACACAUCGAGAACGGUAAUUCCUGCUGGCUACAUCAUAGAUACUCUCGAGCAGACACCAUUAUCAAAUUUCAUUCCAGAUUUCUGACGACUCGGCGGAUGUCCCAGUUCAGCGCAAUUCAAGUGAGAAGCCGCGAGGACUCAGGUCAUCUCUGCCGCCGCAGCAGGACACCUCAUUUGCAGGUGGACACGCUGCACUAUUGCCCUUUUCCAGAAGACCUGCCUGCGAUUUUCUCUUCUCCUUCCUCCUGCCGUCUCGACGUGGGAGCUGAGACGCUGGAAUUGGCACUGAACAAAGGCAGAGGUCUCAGCUCCGCACCUGGGUGCCCUUAAAGUGGCAGCAGGCCCUUCAGAAGCAGGAAGGAUGUCUCUUGUGUGACUGGUCGCCGGAGAUGCUGCUGGAGGGUGCUAACCAGAUUGUCUCUCACAAGCAUAACGCAUCUAGGCUGCACUAUUGGCUGAAGUCGUCCUUGGCCUGUCCGCCGCCCGCUACUCUUCUUCUGGAUUGACCUGCAGCAAAUGCAUCGACGACGACCUUGAUGCCCCUCACGAAACUACGACG